UUCCCGAGACGCGGCAAAACGUCCUCUCCUACCGUCUCCCACAGUACCGUAACAGCCGGUCGCGGGUUUUGUUCGUCUAUGCCUGGGCCGCCUCCGCCCCUUCCUGCCCUCGGCUCCCUUCCCCCGCCGUAGAGGUAGCCGGGCCAAGUGCCCGGAGAGGGCUGAGGGGCGGGGGAGCGAGUGGGCCCCGCGUCCCUCCUCCGAGCGCUGGGGCUCCUUGCAGCACCCGGCGGCCCCGCGUCUGCCCGGCCCCACCGCUCCGCCCCGGCGGCCCCGAGCGCGGUGGGGGAGCGGCGGCAGGAGGCGCCAUGGCUGACAGGACGAGGGCGGCGCUCUCCGAGUCGGGCUGGUAUCUUUCAGAUGAAGGAAUUGAAGCUUGUGUAAAUUCCUCUGAAAAAGUUAAUACAAAUGAUAUUAUCCUAGUUGCCCUUAAUACAGAUUUAAGAACGAUUGGCAAGAAAUUCCUCCCCAGUGACAUCAAUGGCGGAAAGGUGGAAAAGCUGGAAGGGCCAUGUGUUCUGCAAAUACAGAAAAUACGCAAUGUUGCCGCACCAAAGGAUAAUGAAGAAUCUCAGGCUGCUCCCAGAAUGUUGCGUUUACAGAUGACUGAUGGGCAUACAAACUGCACAGCUAUAGAAUACAGUAGCAUGUCAAAAAUAAGCCUGAACACUCCACCCGGAACAAAAAUAAAGCUUUCAGGAAUUAUUGAAGUGAGAAAUGGAUUCUUGCUCUUGGAUGACAGUAACACAUUAGUUCUGGGAGGUGAAGUGGAGCAUCUUAUAGAAAAAUGGGAAUUACAAAGGAGUUUAGCAAAACACAGUAGGAGUAACAUUGGAACAGAAGGUGGUCCUCCCCCAUUUGUACCUUUUGGUCAGAAAUGUGCAUCUCACGUGCAAGUAGACAGCAGGGAGCUUGAUCGCAGAAAGACUCUGCAGAUGACAAAUACUGUAAAAACUGUUGCGGACAACGAUGAAUUUGAAAAGCAGAGAACAGCUGCUAUCGCAGAAGUAGCAAAGAGCAAGGAGACCAAGACAUUUGGAGGAGGUGGUGGCAGUAGCAGAAGUAAUCUCAACGUGAGUGCUGGAGGGAAUCGAAACAGGGAACUGUUCCAGAAAGAGAAGAUAACAAAACCUGAGGGAAAGAAUGAAGGUGUCUACCGAGAACUGGUUGAUGAAAAGGCUCUAAAGCACAUAACAGAGAUGGGUUUCAGCAAAGAAUCGGCAAGACAGGCACUUAUGGAUAACAGUAACAACCUAGAGGCAGCAUUAAACUUUCUUCUAAACAGCAGUAAACAGAAACCUAUUCAGGGACCACCACCUAGAGGUAAAGGGAAGGGCCGAGGCCGAAUAAGACCUGAAGAUGAAGAAGAGCUAGGAAAUGCGAGACCGUCUGCACCGAGCACACUCUUUGAUUUCUUGGAAUCCAAAAUGGGUACUCUAACAGUAGAGGAACCAAAAUUGCAAUUUCAGCAACCACAUAAUGUACAGCACAGAGUUAUGAAUACGGAACAGAAUGGCAUCAAAGAGAAUCAUUCAAGACACAUUUCUCGGAAUGACAUGAGACAACCAAGGAAUGAGAAACCCCCUCGUUUUCAAAGGGAUAUUCAAAAUUCAAGGCAAGCUUUGGAAAGUGGUGGAUUACCAAGAAACAGAGGUCCUGAGAGGCACAGCUCUUUAGAACAUUGGACAGAUGAAAAAAGUAAAAGUGACAGACACUAUCCUAGAAAUGAUAGGCCAAAGGAUUUGGGUUAUCCCAUAGCCACACACCAGAGUGAUAGCACUUUCAAAAAAAGGGAUAACAAUAUGCAAAACAGAGUAGGAAAAGGAGUGUCUUUCACAGAAUUCAAGGAGAACUCUGCUGCGCAAGAUGCUACAGACAACAAUAACCAGAAACGUGGGAAAAGGGAAAACCAAAUACACAAUUCAGAAAACUUUUGUGAUAGGAAGGCACGAACGAUAAGUAAUGAAGCCUUUAUGGUAAAAAGUGAGCAACAUUUUGGUGUUACUAAUGAUUACCAAAAUCCUGGUAGAACUGAUAAUUUUAGUGCUGUACCAAAUGGAGAUACUGAACAUCAUCAGAAGGGAAGACGAGUAGGACCUAUCAAAUCAUCAGGACUUGCUACGAUCCCAUCUUUUGACGAUAAAAUGUUGUAUUACAACACUGGUCCCAAAAGGAGAUCUGGGCCCAUCAAACCAGAGAAAAUAUUAGAGCCGUCGAUUCACAUGGAAUGUGGAAAAAGUUGGAGACCAGGGGAUGAAUGUUUUGCUCUUUAUUGGGAAGACAACAAGUUCUACCGGGCAGAAAUUGAAGCUCUCCAUUCUUCUGGGACAACUGCAGUUGUUAAAUUUUGUGAUUAUGGAAAUUAUGAAGAGGUGCUUCUCAGCAACAUCAGGCCCGUUCAUGCAGACACGUGGGAGGAGGAGGAAGAAACAUAUGAGCAAACUCUAGAAUUCCGCAGAGGAGGUGAUGGUCAGCCAAGACGGUCCACACGACCUACUCAGCAGUUUUAUCAACCCCCAAGAGCUAGGAACUGAUUAAUAAAAAAUAAAAAUACCUUCUCAGAGAGGGGAUGAAAUUUACUGGCAGCUCCAACUUGCUGAAGACUUCUAGAAGAAAUUCUGGCUUUUUCUAAGCAGCAGAAUGGAACAAAGAAAGCUCAUGUGAGCAGAAGGAAUUUGGACCUGACACCAUAAGAGACUUUUUUAAAGUUCUUAGUUAUAUGAAACUGAAUACUUUUUACAUAUAAAAGAGGCAAAUUGUCAUUGCUGCCAUCAAUAAAACCACAGUGCACUAU